AUGUCUGCAAGCGGAGCAUUUGGACCUGCGCCCCCGGGCAUUGACCUGUCCGAGACCAAGAAUGGCGCCGUCAUCAGAGCGGUCGUCAGUCUGAUGGUCAUCGGGACCCUCGCCGUCAUGCUGCGUUUCGUGUCGCAGUUGAUGCGGGAGAAGGGAAAAUUCUCCUGGGACGACUACUUGAUCAUCCCAGCAUUGCUUCUGGCACAUGGCACAGCAGUCUGCUCGCUCGUCAGUCUUCCAUAUGGUGGUGGCAAGCAUCUUUGGGCCGUGACGGGACAGGACUUUACGACCAUUUGGCAGAUUCUUUUCUCCUACGUGAUGAUCUACGCAGGCGCCGUCAGCUUCACCAAGGCAUCCAUCGUCAUGUACUACUGGCGCCUCUUUCGCCAGAAGUGGUCGACCUAUCUCGGUCUGUUCUUGGUCUGGAGCUACUUUGUCGUCAUUGUCGUCACCAUCAACACCGGUUGUCAACCAUUGGAGUAUUUCUGGACUCAGUAUACCACCCCCGGGGCCAAGGGUCACUGUAUUGACGUGCCGUUGUUCUUCUUCGCCAACGGCAUCUGGGCCAUGCUUGUCGAUGUUUGUAUUUUGAUCAUUCCGAUCCGACCACUUCUGGGGUUGCGCAUGUCCACAAGGAAGAAGGUCAUGGUUGGCGGUGUCCUUGGACUGGGAGGAUUUGUCUGUAUCGCCUCGAUCGUGCGCAUCAUCUCGAUCCACCACCUCAUCAACAACGACGACCUGACCUGGUCCAUGGCGAGCGUCUUCAUCUGGUCGUGCUGCGAGCCCUUCAUCGGCAUCCUCUGCGCCUGCAUGCCGUGCUACGCGCCGCUUCUCCGGCGCUUCUGGAAAUCCGCCGGCUCGCAGUCCCGAUCAGCGCCCACGAGCGGCUUUUCCAGCGGCAACAUGGGGUCCUCCGCCAUGGCGAAGUCCGGCGCGAGCAUCCCGAUCAAAGUCAAGCGGGACUGGGACCGCAUCGUCAACCCAACCUUUGGCGACGACGAGGUCCAGCUGACCACCUACACGACGGGGCCCGGAAGUACCCGCACCAAGGGCAGUGAUGAGUCAAAGGGCAUCACCGUCAAGACGGACAUCCACUGGGAAUCUCACGCCGUUUAA